AUGACAGUGGAUAUCGACACUUCUAACCUCCCCGAAGUCGUGGGAGAACGACACAUCAUGCAACCGCUGGAAGAAUUGCGCGUGGAAGUCCCCUUCGGGACCCAAACCAACCCGGCCAGUUUCAUAUUGCAAAAGGGAAGCUGUGAAUUGUGGGGAUGCGAAUUGGCCUUGGGAAAGCCUUACGCAAUUGCCACUGGUGGGUUGAAGUUAGCCUUGUUUACUUGGCAUGGCUGUGUCGUUGACGUGGAUGCAGACGUGGAGAUCUCCUAUACUUCAGAUGAGACGACUUCCAAUGUGGCCUAUGUCAAUACGCAUGCUCAAUUGGAAGCUCUACGGGAUGAAGCUUACCAAGAACAACAACAGCAAGAUCAAACGCAACAACAACAGCAACAGCAAGACUCCAUGAAGAACAAUAAUAAUGACGCUGGCCCCAAACUUGUCCAAGGGCCUCGUGUCAUGGUGGUGGGUCCUGCGGAAUCUGGAAAAACCAGUCUUUGCAAGACGCUUGUUGCUUAUGCCACCAAAGUGGGCCGCACCCCUCUGUGGGUCGAUUUGGAUCCAGUCGACAAUUCCAUUAGUGUCUCGGGAUCCUUGAGUGUGGCUCCCAUGAUUGCUUCUGCGGUCACGGUGGAAAGCUAUGCCACCUGCGGCAUUCCACCCAAUACCGUUCAUCCCUUGGCCAUGUAUCAUGGUUCCAAUUCCAAAAUUCAUCCCGACUUGUUUCGGGCCCAAGUGGAUCGUCUAGCGGAAAAUAUUAAUCAACGACUGGCACAAGACGAAAAUGCCCGGUCCUCUGGAAUUAUUGUCAAUACCAAUGGAUGGAUUCAAGAUGAUGGUUAUAAAUUGCUAAUGCACGUAGCCGAGGCCAUGGAUAUAUCAGUCAUUUUAAUUCUGGGACACGACCGAUUGUACAGCAUGAUGAACAGCCACUACAAAAAGAUUCUUCAAAAGAAUCCUACUGCGACCGUCCCCAAAGUACUCAAAUUGCCCCGCUCCGGUGGUGUGGUCAGCCGGCCAGAUACCUUUCUUCAAUACUCGAGAUCCAGAUCCGUCAAGCGAUACUUUUAUGGAGACUUUGUUGAUCCACCCAAAACGGCGGAUACGACUGCGACCACGUCAAAAGUACCACAAUUGACUCCCUUUUUGCUCCAACUCAAGUUUACCGAUGUGGAAAUCUACCGCCUCUCCAGCAUGGCCUUGUCCAGUAGUUUGUUGCCCGUCGCCCAACAACAGACUACCGAUGCCGUCCAAAUUUCCAGGGUCGACUUGGACACGGAAGCCGAAUCCUUGCAACACGCCCUACUGGCCGUUUGUCAUCCGUCGUCGGUCGCCAAGUGGCAAGCCAGUGGACGGGCCCGGGAUCUGGUCUGUGCGGGAGUGGCGGGAUUUUGUGCGGUGGAACGCAUCCAUUCCGAGACGGAUUCCUUGCACCUCUUGUCACCGUGCGCUGGAUCACUGCCCUCGCAAACCUUGCUCUUGGGGGAUAUUACAUGGAUGGAAUAA